GGGUUUGAGCCCAACCAACUCCAACUGUGUAGUAGAGUUCCGCCGCCGCCGCCGCCGCAAUCCAACCCCGAUUCGAUUCGGUUCCGGCGGCCGCCCACCCUCUCCUUUCCUCUCCGGACCAGCGCAGGCGGCGAUGCGCGGCGGGCGGUCGGGGGGCGGGGGGCUGCGGAACCCCUGCCUGACGAUGCACCAGCCGUGGGCGUCGCUGCUGGUGCACGGCAUCAAGCGCGUGGAGGGCCGCUCCUGGCCGUCGCCGGUGACGGGCCGCCUCUGGAUCCACGCCGCCUCCAAGGUGCCCGACCCCGACACCGUCGCCGCCAUGGAGGACUUCUACCGGGAGAUCUACGCCGUCGACGGGGUCCACCACAUCGACUUCCCCCAGCACUACCCCGUCUCCCGCCUCCUCGGGUGCGUCGAGGUGGUCGGCUGCGUCAGGUCCGAGGAGCUCGUCUGCUGGGAGGACGUGCCCCAAUCAGUCAGGCUUGAAGGCUUGACCGACUUCUGCUGGCUUUGCGAGAAUCCGCAGAAGCUGGUGGUUCCGUUCGAGAUGCGCGGUUAUCAGGGUGUGUACAAUUUGGAAAGAAGGGUAUACGAGGGAGCAGCCAGGGGUCUUUCACCUGUUCAAGGUCCACUGCCGGUCAAGUUCCCGCUUCCAGAUCCCAGAAACCCCUUGUCUCUCAAGCCGGGAUCUCUCAAUUUCGACUCUUCAAAGUCUGCCCUGGUCAAGACUGAGAGUGUUUCUGCAGCGAUAGCCGGGGCUAGAGCUGCCGCGACUCAGUAUUCGAGGAAGGGUAGUACUGCUGCCACUAGCAGUGAGAUUCAAACUCGAGGGAAAUCGAGGGAGAAUCAUGCCGAUGGCAGUUCAGGGAGUGGGGCUCUGCCGUCUGUUGUCCAGAACAGUCAAUCGCAUCCGCAAAACCAGGAUCCAUCGCCUGUUGUCCAGAACAGUCCAUCGCAUUUGGUAAUCCAGAAUCCAUCGCCUGUUGUCCAGAACAGUCCAUCAUACUCGCAAACUCGGAAUCCUCAGUAUAUUGCUCAGAGCAGUCCAUCCUACUCGCAAACUCGGAAUUCUCAGUAUAUGGUUCAGAGCAGUCCAUCCUAUUCGCCAACUCAGAAUCCUCGGUAUAUGGCUCAGAGCAGUCCAUCCUAUUCGCGGAACCAGAGUCAAUCGUCCAUUAUCCAGAGCACUCCAUUCUAUUUCCAUGACCAGAAUCAAUCGGCCAAUGUCCACAGCAAUCCAUCCCAUUUCCAUUAUCAGAAUCAAUCUUCCACUGUCCACAACAGUCCAUCCUAUUCUCAUAACCAGAACCCAUCGCCCAAUGUCCAGAACGGUCCAUCCUACUCGCAAAACCAUAACCCUUCUCCUGUUGCCCAGAACAGUCCAUCGUUUUUGCAGCACCAGAACGCUGAGCCUCGGAGAAGUCCCAGACUACAGGGUGGAGCUCCCCACAGGCUCGUUGCAGCGGCGCUGAGAGACUUGAAGCAGUCAAGCUUGCGCGAGAGCGGGGAGCAAUCAUCAGCUCCCAGAAGCUGGCCUGAAUAAUUUGGGAACCAUCGUCAUCUGCCUGCUUCUGUGCGACGAUACCAGCUCCUUAAUUGUGUAGAGUACAAUGUAGCAUUUGCUCAUACGUUUCCGACUGAUGAUAGCAUAGCAUGAUAGUGUGGCUGUGAUAGUGCUGGCACGAUGUAUCGGGCGCAGCGCCAUGCCGCGCCCUGCGAGGUUUCCCUGCCGUUGCAGGGUAUGCGUGUAUCUUGUCAUCAUGUAACAUACAAACUUAGGUUUGGUUUGAAAUACUCCAGUGCUUAGACUAGUUGGUGGUUGGAUGUGUAUCUCAUACAUUGACAGUUAUGGGACGAUCUACCAUUGUGACGUUUGGGCCCAAAGUGCAUGGGAAUGUGAAGCAGUAAUAUUGUGCUGCACAUUAUAUA